AUUGGUGGUCUCUCAGCGUGCCCUGCAUGGAAAUAAAGUCCCCGCUCACUUCCUCCCAAUGAAAUCACUGUUUGUUACUUAUUGAACAGAUCAGUCCUCCUGCAGCCAGCUGUAUUUGUUAUUAGAUGAUGGCAGGUGUCAUAUGGAUCCUCACCUUCAUUUGUGUUGCAGGAUAUCACCAAUCUUCAGCCGCACCUGUUCUCCGCCCUGCCCUUGUGGUCCAGGCGGGAGAGAACGUCUCGCUGACCUGUAACAUGACGUUGUGCGCAGAGCUCACCUGGUACAUUGUGCGCUCCAAUAAGCUGCUGCCUCUGCUGACGGUCACAGAAACUAAACUGAAAGAAAUUACUGUGUCCUUCAAUGCGGCAGUAAGUCGCUUCGGCACAAGUGGGGAAAUGGAGAGCGGAACGCUGACUCUGCACAUCCUCCAGGCAGAGGAGCAGGACGCCGGGCUUUAUUUCUGCUCUGGACGCUGCUCCGGAGCUACUCAUGUUAACAGAGGGAUGCAUCUCGUUGUUGAUGGAGUGGACGGGCUGUCAGCAGGGCAGCCAUGUUGGAGUGUGUGGAUGUGGGUUCUUCCUGCUGUACUCGUCCUCGGCUGCAUCCUCAUCGCUGGACUCUGCUGGUGCGCAGGUACACCGGCUGUUUGCUGCUGUUGUCCAACGAGUCAAAAGGUCACAGAGGAAGUGUCUAUGCACUAUUCCAGUCUGAAGCAUGCAGACAAGCCCCGCCCUACUGGCCAAGGAGGAUCAGGAUUGGCAGAGGAGAACGUCAUAUAUUCAGCGGUGUUUAGUCGCAAGAACCUGAACAGAUAACUUGACCGCAGAUGGAACGGCUCUUUUUGUUUCAGUAUAGAGCCUUGUGGAAAAUACAUAUUUUUGUAAACAUCCUGGGAGCUAGCUUCGUCCUGGUUCCUAUGACUUGAAGCCAAUAGGAUUGUUCUUUUAAAUGUUAUGAUAUGAUAGGAUAUGAUAUGUUAUUUCAGAAAACCACGGAGCCCUGGAGGGUUCAUAGAGAGAAAAAUACUUUUUAUUAAUUUGUGUGCACGAGAUGUAAUUCGUGGCCUCAAUUUAAAUAAAACGAGGCCACGUUUUAUUAAUUUGUGCGCACGAGAUGUAAUUCGUGUGCACGAGAUGUAAUUAGUGUGCACGAGAUGUAAUUCGUGGCCUCAAUUUAAAUAAAACGAGGCCACGCUUUAUUCAUUUGUGUGCACGAUAUACUUUCUCGUGCACACAAGA